CAUUCCUCUAUGCAUUCAUUGAACCAUGAUUACCGGCUCUUAUCAUUCAAUCCCCAUUUAUUUAUGACCCGGUUGACAGUUCGCAGCAUUCUCUCGCGGAGCGCGGACGCGCCACGUCACAGAUACAAUAUGGAAUUUGACCCGACAGAGCACCAACACGUCCGCUAUAACCCGUUGAAGGACGAAUGGGUGCUGGUGUCCCCUCACCGCUGCAAGCGGCCCUGGAGCGGCCAGACUGAGGAAGCCCCUGAUGAUGUACCGGACCCUAACAAUCCUUUGAAAGCUGGUGCUGUGAGGGCCAAUGGCCAGAAAAAUCCGUUGUACACGUCCACCUACGUCUUUCCGAACGACUUCCCGGCGCUCCUGGAGCGGGUUCCGGAGCCCCCGCCACCGGAACACCCGCUCUUCCAGGCCAAGCAGGCCAAGGGGACCUGCAGAGUGAUGUGCUUCCACCCGGACUCAACGACGACCAUCCCGCUUAUGAGCGUCGAAGAAAUCAUGGCCGUUAUCCAAGAGUGGAAAAACCAGAUGACAGAGCUCGGCCGCAAAUACACCUGGGUGCAGAUCUUCGAGAACAAGGGUGCUAUAAUGGGGUGCUCCAACCCCCACCCCCACUGCCAGAUUUGGGCCUCCAGCUUCCUGCCGAACGAAGCCAGGGUCAAAGACAGGUGCCAAAAGGAAUACUUCACGAAGUCCAAGAGGCCACUGCUAGUGGACUACUUGGAACAAGAAGUCCAGAAACAGGAACGUAUAGUUCUCUUGAACGAAGAAUGGGUGGUGUUGGUUCCAUACUGGGCCGCGUGGCCUUAUGAGACUAUGGUGCUGCCGCGCCGCGGCCGCCCGCAAAGACUCACUGACCUUGAUGAUGCUCAGGUCCGGUCGCUCGCCGAAAUCAUGAAGGCGCUAAACACGAAGUAUGACAACCUCUUCCAAUGUAGCUUCCCCUACAGUAUGGGCUGGCACGGCGCUCCAACUGGGCCAUCAAAAACCCCAAUGGACUCUCCCCAUUGGCUGCUGCACGCCUUGUACCUGCCGCCAUUGCUGCGUUCCGCAAGCAUCAAGAAACACAUGGUUGGAUACGAGUUACUGGCCCAAGUGCAAAGGGAUCUUACCCCCGAGCAAGCUGCCGCCAAGUUACGAGAGUGCGACCACGAAGUGCAUUAUAAGAAUAAGAAAUAAAGUUUGAUUAUUUUUUGUUGAA